AUGGCAGCCCCAAAACAUCCUGGAUCUGGUAAAGAAUUCAACUUUGUGGAUCAGGAUCAAAUCUGGAAAGUUCACGUCAAAAUAGAGCUUGAGUCAGCGAAAGCCUGGCCCAAUAAAUGGGGAUUCUUGACCACGUCCUACAAGGAGACGCAGGAGCAGAUCCACAAGCUGAAGGAAGUUGUAAGAUUAGAGCUGCCCCAGCAUCUUAAAACACGUCCUCCUUCCCCACCUGAGAAAUACAUCCAGGUGGGACCCUCUCCCCCUGUUCCGCAGACCACCCAGGCUCUGAUUGGCUGGCGCUCAGCAGUGCCCGAGCUGCAGCUGGAGCGCUACGGAAAGGUCAAGUGUGGGAAGAAGAGCUUUUUGAAGGAGCUUGGCUGGGCUUUCGACGCCUGCAUAUGA